GACCGUAACAAGCUCCAUUAUGAGGGCUCCAGCGAGGGUUUCCCCACACUGACUCUUGUGAGCUGCCUCUUGACGCAUACAUUUUUCUACGUAACUGGGCAACUUUGAGAGUAAAAGUGUCGCCAAGGUAUCCACUCCACUGCACCUCAGGCAAAGAGAAAAAAAGGCAGCCACUCCCCCGACCCUGAGGCCCGGGUCCAUGUCGAAUAUUCACCCUCGUCUUCCAUCCCAUCCAUCCUAACACCCGAGGACAAGACAACCAACCCCAGACGACUUAAUUUUUUCUCGUCUAUUUUUUCGAUCUGAUCUCUUUUCAUUUCUUCACAUCUUUCCUCCCCCUUCAUAAUUAUUCUAUCAAUCUGGUCUGCGCGUUUGUUUGACGGCGUCCUUGCUGUCAAAUGAACCUGCAAUUGAUAUUUCCUCUUUUUUUCUAAUUCUCCUCUCUUCCCCCCUGGGUGGUUUCUAAAUGCCCACAUACUCCAGCCUUUACUCGAAUUUCGUCCGUCAAGGAUCAACAUUCGCAAAGUCUAUCACAACACACGGUUACGCUCAAUCCGUUGUUGCUGCCGCUCACCCUCACGUCCUCAACUCUCAGAACCGGCCUAGCUUUGUACGACGAAAGACCAACCGACUUGGUCGCUUCUCCAACCUCCAGCUUCAUUCUGCCUUCCACACUGAGCGCACAGCAUCUUCGGGCCUCCCGUCCGUUGAGCAUCGCCCCGCCCAGAACCAUGGAGGUCUAGACGCGUACUUCGAGGCCCUACAGCACCAGCAGGCCACAGGUGAAAUCGAUUCCGAAUGGACCCAAUUCGACUUUCAAAAGAGCAUUGAAUGGAAGCCUACUCCUGCUUCCAUUCUCACCAAGGACCAGGGACUUUCCAAAGAUGUUCUUGAGGAGGCUUUGAUUGAGGAUGCUGAGGUCAAAUCGAACCUGUCGAUUGAGGAUCAGGCAGCUCUUGCGCAUAUCGAUGCUGCGCUCGAGAGGGAGAUCGAGGUACGGAGCCUACAGGAAGCAGCUGAGAAUGCUGCUUCUGAAGGACGACCCGUGUCUAGUCUUGGCUUCAAGUCACGAUCUCCAGUGAUUUCCAGGUCGCAAACUCCAGCAAGUGUCGCUCGCAGCUUCACUCCUCCUGUGGACCCCCAGUCCCUAUCUUAUGCCGACCAUCUUCACAAGCUCGCUGAGAAUGGCCGAUAUGUUGAAAUUCCCGCAGUCUUUGAGGCAAUGCUGGCGACUGGCGUGCAGCCUAUCGCGGGUGCCUACAAUGCUCUCCUCCUGUCGGCUAUCCAUAUCCCUAUGAAGAAGAUCGAGAUUGUAUCCAAGGCUCUCGACGUUUAUGCCGACAUGCUUAGAAGGAAGGUUUCGCCAGAUGCCGAGACUUUUAACAUUCUCGUUGGCCUCCUGGCAUCCCGAUGUCUCGAGGUUGCUGAGCUGAAGGCUGCCUUGGAGGCCAAGCGAGUUCGGUUUGGUGGCAUGGAUCAGGUGGGCCAAUUCAUGCUUGCGUCUCAUGAACUCGAGCAUGCCAUUCUUUGCGAGGACGACCGCCUCGAUCUUGCAAUCCAGCUGUUCGACACUUCAGUUAACACUGAUGCCGCCAACUUCACCGCCGAGACUUACCAUCAGCUUAUUACGGCCUGUGCCAAAGCUGGACGCGUCGAUGACAUGCUGCGUCUUUACGAGCACAUGGAGGGAAGCCAAAUCGUCCCUUACGCUGCUCUGUUUCCCACCAUGAUCACUGCUUUCGCCUCCUCCGGAGAUCUGGUCAGUGCUGUCGAAUGCUACAACGAAUACCGCAACCUGGCCAUUGCCCACGACGAUGGAGAGACUACUCUCAACGACCGACUCGAUGCUGAGGUUUAUGCCGCGGUCAUCAAUGCCUACGUGGUCACUGAUAAGAUUGAAGGCGCCAUGAAGUUCUUUCAGAAAAUCGUCGACCAAUACGGUAUCCGCGCUGCUGAUAUCAAGGAUGCUCUGAUCACCACUGGUUUCGUCAAGGGUUUAAUCACCCGUGGUAUCUACCAGGAGGCUUUAGAAUGGGCUCGGUCCGUCGCGGAUGAAGCUCGUGCCAAGGCCAUGAGUGAGAUUGCAACUAUUGCUGCCGACAAGGGUGAUACGGAUACCGCUGUCGCAGCCUACAGUGCCAUGCCUCCUUACGCGGAUGACUUGAUUACUCCUGCGACUGCUCUCCUCGCCAUGAAUGUCCGCCAGACCGAUGUUGUUGGUGCCUCCAAGUACUGGCAAGUCCUAUGCAAUCCCGCUGUGCAGGUGGAUCUUACUUUCAUCGAGCCUACAGCUAUGUAUGCUGUGGCCAUGAUUGGCUCUGGCCAAGUUGCCGAGGGAUUGGCACAGUCAGAGAUGAUGUUUGAGCGUAUUCGCGCCUCUGUUUCUCAGACUCAACCUCAUCUUGUCGAAGAGGUUGACGAAGGAGUCGAAUUCGUCACUCGAUUUAUGGAGACUCGUGGCAUCCCUGAUCCCCGCGAGAUCGCUUCUCAAGUUGCUAGCUUCCAGCCUAUGACCGCUUCUUCUUACCUGUCGACUCCUGUAGUUUCCACCUUCGAGGAUACCUACGACCCUUACGCCCACAACACCGACUUCAAGGGAUCCUCUCUUAUUGCAGACGAUCUUGAGGGUAACCAUGGCCGUAAGGGACCUCGUCUUAGUGAGGCACUGAACCGAUUCCGCAACAUCCGACGUGCUGGCCGACAUCCUCGUUACAUUACCUACGCCAAACUUAUCUCUGCUGCUGCUCGUGAUGGCAAGUUCGAUCUUUGCCAUGACAUUCUUAGCAUGGCUCGCACUGAUAUGCCCAUCAUGCCCCAGUAUGCUGUUGUUCGCUAUGGAUGGUCUAGUAUUCUUGACGCCAUGGUCGGCGCUUGUCUGACCGUGGGUAACCGUGGACGAGCUGAGCAAUUCCACCAGGAGUUGUUGGAAAUCGGUGCUAGCCCUUCUGCCAACACUUUCGGUCUCUACAUCACCACGCUUAAGGAUUCGACCAAGACUUUUGAUGAGGCUUCCGAGGCUGUCCGUAUCUUCCACCGGGCAAAGGCUGAGGGUGUCGAACCCAGCUCUUUCUUGUAUAACGCUCUUAUCGGUAAGCUCGGAAAGGCUCGCCGCAUCGACGACUGCCUUUUCUACUUUGCUGAGAUGAGAGCUCUUGGAAUCAAACCUACAUCGGUUACCUAUGGUACCAUUGUCAAUGCACUCUGCCGAGUCAGUGAUGAGAAGUUCGCUGAAACACUGUUCGAUGAGAUGGAGGCGAUGCCCAACUACAAGGCUCGUCCUGCUCCUUACAACAGUAUGAUGCAAUUCUUCCUGACCACAAAGCGAGAUAAGACAAAGGUCUUGGCUUACUACGAGCGCAUGAAGGCUAAGGGCAUUGCCCCUACCGCCCAUACCUAUAAGCUUCUGGUCGAUACUCACGCUACUCUUGAUCCUGUUGACAUGGAUGCUGCCGAGGAGGUUCUCGGUAUGAUCCGUGCCUCUGGUCAACGCGUUGAGCCUGUUCACUAUGCUUCUCUCAUCCACGCCAGGGGAUGUGUUCUCCACGACAUGGAAGGUGCCAUGAAGAUGUUUGAUUCUGUUGUUAAGGAGUCUCUUGUUCCUAUCAGUGCUAGCCUGUAUCAAGCUCUGUUCGAGGCUAUGGUUGCUAACCACCAGGUUGCUGCUUCUGAGCCCGUGCUUGCUCACAUGCGAAGCAAGGGUGUUGAACUAACUCCUUACAUCGCCAACACUUUGAUUCACGGCUGGGCUGCUGAGAAGAAGAUUGAGAAAGCUCAAAGUAUCUACGAUGCUGUUGGCCGAGAGAAGCGCGAACCUAGCACAUACGAGGCUAUGACCCGAGCUUAUCUGGCUGUUGAGCAGCGAGAGGAGGCCAAGGGUGUUGUCGGUGAGAUGCUCACCCGCGGUUACCCCAGUGCUGUCGUCAACAAGGUCCUGGAGCUUCUUGGCGGAGGACAUGAUGUUUCAGAGUAGACGACUUUUACGAUGUGGGAUUCGUGAUGAGAGUGUGGUAAUGUUCUUUUAAUGUUGGCGUAAUUUGUUUGAUACCCUAUUGUACUGGUUGGAAGGCGGGAUUGGGUUGGGCUGGGCUGGUUGUCUUUAUACGGGGAAGGCAUUUUGAUAAAAUGCCAUACUCGAGAGGUUUUGGAUCUUCUUGGGCCCUGGACAGGGACGGCGUUUGGGAAUCAAAAUGGGACUUACGUGGAGCGUUUGCCUCUGAAUGAUUGAGUUUAGGGGCUGAACGUUCCCUGGAUAGAUCAUCACCACUCCAAGAAAGGGAAAUCAUUAUAUUACAUUACAUUUUAGCAGCAUAGAGGGACCAAAAGAGCCAGGGAACAGGGCCAGCUGGGAGGAGAGAUGAAGGCCAAGAAGAGAAUUGGUCAAGGGAAAGCAGAGCAUGGGGUCCUGCUGCUUGUACCACCAAUACAAUACAAGAAACGAAGAAAUGGCAAUUUUGUCAUCAAACAAAGCUGUCCUUGUAGUGAUGCGAUUUGAGCUUAUGAAGUUUUGAUGGUUGUG